AUGUCUCAAGUCCAGACUCCACCAGGCGUGACCAUCACCUGUGCGGUUGAAGCUCCCCAUCUGGCCAUCCUAACGCCCGAUGCACUCCAGUUCUUGGCCACCUUACAUCGCUACUUUGAACCUACCCGUCGUUCGCUUCUCCAGCGCCGCCAGCUCGAACAGGCCCGUUUGGAUGCCGGUGGUCUCCCAAACUUCCAUUCGGAAACGAAAUGGGUCAGAGAAAAUCUGGCCUGGCAAGCUGCUGGUCCAGCCCCUGGUUUGCGGGAUCGUCGGGUUGAAAUCACAGGACCAGUAGACCGCAAGAUGGUCAUCAACGCGCUUAACUCUGGCGCUGCUACCUUUAUGGCUGACUUUGAAGACUCGCAUGCCCCUACUUGGCUCAACAAUCUCGAUGGCCAGAUCAACAUGAGAGACGCCGUCCGAAGACAAAUUUCCUUCAAGGCCCCCAACGGGAAGGAUUAUAAACUCAACGAUCGUAUCGCCACUUUGAUCGUCCGAGCUCGAGGUUGGCACUUAGACGAACCUCAUCUCCUCGUUGACGGUCAACCCAUCAGCGGUGGCAUCUUUGACUUUGGGCUCUACUUUUUCCAUAAUGCCAAGGAGUGUAUCAAGAUGGGAUUCGGUCCUUACUUCUACCUCCCCAAAAUGGAGCACUACCUCGAGGCCAGAUUAUGGAACGAUAUCUUCAAAGUAGCCCAGGACUACAUUCACUUGCCACGAGGCACAAUCCGUGCCACUUGUUUAAUCGAGACAAUCCCUGCUGCAUUCCAAAUGGAUGAAUUCAUCUUCGAGCUCAAAGAGCAUUCGUCUGGUCUUAAUUGUGGACGAUGGGACUACAUAUUCUCGUUCAUCAAGAAAAUGCGCCACAAUCCUCAAUUUGUACUUCCCGACCGCUCCGAUGUCACGAUGACCGUCCCGUUCAUGGACGCCUAUGUCCGUCUUCUGAUCAAAACUUGCCAUUCAAGAGGCGUCGCUGCUAUGGGAGGAAUGAGUGCACAGAUUCCCAUCAAGGACAACCCCAAAGCAAAUGAGGCGGCGAUGAACAAAGUCAAAGCUGAUAAGUUGAGAGAGGUUAAAGCUGGUCACGACGGAACUUGGGUCGCUCAUCCUGCUUUGGUGAAAGUAGCUCUUGAUAUUUUCAAUGAAAACAUGGUCGGACCAAACCAAUAUCAUGUGCGUCGCUCGGAAGUGCAAGUGACUGCCCUCGAUUUGCUCAACACGAACGUACCCGGUAAAAUCACCGAGCAUGGUAUUCGCGAGAACGUAUCUGCAGCUUUACAAUACUGUGCUAAUUGGAUUACUGGCGUUGGCUGUGUACCGAUUGCGAACUUGAUGGAGGACGCUGCUACUGCAGAAAUAGCCCGCCUUCAAAUAUGGCAAUGGGUGAGACAUGGUUGUAUGACCGAUGCUCACAAGAAAAUUACUGCUGAGUGGAUCGACCAAAUCUUGGAGGAAGAAACUGCUCAAGCCAAGAAGACGACUGCCAAAGGGCUAGACCCAGCCAAGGUCGAUAUCGCGAAGCGCUAUUUGAGUUCGCAAGCUUAUGCGCCAGUUCCUGACGAUUUUCUGACCAGUGCGCUCAUGACCAGUUUGGAUGAUAUGGCUGCACCAAACCGACCGAAAUUGUAA